AUGUCAAUUCCGGAAGGUGAUUACGAAAGAGGCAAAAAGUUAUUCAAAAUGCGAUGCCUUCAGUGUCAUGUAAUCGAUUCAGAUGCAAAUAAAAAUGGUCCAACUUUGAAAGGUGUGAUUGGGCGUAAAUCGGGAACUGUCGAUGGUUACCCAUAUUCUUCUGCCAAUAAAAAUAAGGGCGUGGUUUGGACACGUGAAACGCUAUUUGAAUAUUUAUUAGAUCCGAAAAAAUAUAUUCCGGGAACGAAGAUGGUAUUUGCAGGCCUAAAGAAACCUCAAGAACGUGCUGAUUUGAUCAAAUUUAUAGAAGAAGAAUCUGCGAAAUAA